CUGAAGAGGCUCAUACGCAAGGGCGUGCCGAAAGACUUGCGCGCGGCGGUGUGGAUGGCGACGAGCGGCGCGCGCGAACGCAAAGACGCGGCGCCGAGGAAGUACUACGGCAGACUGCAAUCCUUGCCCGUGGACGGCGCGGUGGAGGAUCAAAUCCGGGUGGACUUGCACCGGACGUUUCCGGAGAACGAUCGGUGGUCGAACCCGGACUCUCACCGGGUCUUAGAGCGCGUGCUUCUGUCCUACGCGAAGCAUAAUCCGUCCACCGGGUACUGCCAGGGCAUGAACUUCGUCGCGGCGUUUCUUCUGCUCGUCGUGACGGACGAAGAGGACGCGUUUUGGGUCCUGUGCGCGCUCCUAGACGACAUCUCCCCGCCGGACAUCCACGCCGCGGACAUCCGAGGCACGAUCGUGGAGUACGGCGUCCUGCACGACGUCGUCGCGAAGAUCGAACCGAAGGUGGGGAAGCACCUCGAGGCGUGCGACGUCGAACUCGUGAUGAUCGCGUCCAAGUGGCUGCUGUGUUUCUUCACCGAGAGCUUCCCCGCGGAGACGUCCGCGAGGGUCCUAGACGCGAUGUUCAGCGAGGGGUUUAAAGUGUGGUUCCGAGUCGUGAUGUCGAUGUUGAUGAUGAACAAGAAGGAGCUCACGCGCGUCGAUAACGCCCCGGAGAUUAUGCAGUGUUUAGGCGCGUCGUUUCGCUCGAUGCACGAUCGCGACGCGCUCAUGGCGUUUGCUUUUAAAAAGGUGCGCGUCGAUCGGUCGUUCGUGGAGAAGUGUAGGGCGAAGCAGGAGAAGGCGCAGGCUGCGGAG